AUGAACAAGGUCUUCCCCCAGGGCGAUGUCAAUGACAACAUCACUACUGAAACCAAAGCUCUCCCUGGAGGGAAAGCAGGCUGCGGUCCCCACAGCUGCUCACGCCCCAGGGCCUGCAUCUCGGCCUUCCUGCUGCUCCUGCUGGCAAUUCUUGUGGCCCUCAUCACGCUGGUGGCCAUCCUUGGACUCCCACCACGCAUGCCAGGGGCCCAGGCCUGUGUGACGCCUACUAACAGAACAGGCUUCCUAUGCCAUGACCAGAAGACCUGCAUCCCGGCCAGUGGAGUCUGUGAUAGCAUCCGCACCUGUGUCCACAGCGAGGACGAGGAUGAGGGCCUGUGCCGAGAUAUGCCCCAGAGCCUCCCCAGCUUCCUCGUGGCCCACUGUGGAGAUCCUGGCUCCUGGAUUUACUCAGACCAAAAGUGUGACGGAAUCAACAACUGCGGAGACUGCUCAGAUGAACUGAGCCCAGUGACCACGUGCCUUUCCUGUGGCCCUGGGUGGUGGCGCUGCACCCCAACUGUCUUCAAGUACUGUGACUGCAUCCCGAGGAGUCUCUGUCGGGACCACGUGCAACACUGCUCUGACUGGUCGGACGAGUACUCCUGCCCUGGACCCUGA